UUCUGUGUUUUUUGUGUAUUAACUGAAUUUGGUGAGAUAUUUUGGGAUUUCUGAGAAAAUUGUUUUGGUUUCUAAUUUUAUUUCUUUUUCAAGUUUUUUUAUUUUAUUUUUAAUGACAUGUUUGUUCUUGUCUGUUUGUCUGUCCGGUUCUUUUCUUUUGUUUAGUGGGCUAAGUGGAUUGAUAUUCUUAUCAAUGUGGAUAAGGUAUUUAUUGAGCGGAAAAGUAUAAUUUUUUAUUUUACCCCAGUUUAAAUAAAUUUCCACCAUCUCAGAAAAUCAAAGUUUGUAAAGGAAAAAAGGGUAGAACUAGCUGUGGAAGUUGGUAUUUUUACUUUCGACCCUUUUGUAUUUCUGAGCUUCUGAUUAUCCUAGGGAAUAUGAUGGUGCCUGCCUUCAAAUGAGAUUAUCCUACAGCCCUACCGCUCACCUUUUUCUUUUUCUUGUCCAAUGGACUGGUUUUCACCUAGCUGGUGCCUUGGGAUUGCUUAGAAUUCUUAUAUACAAGGCUUAUGAGGAUGGAAAAACAACCAUGUCUAUUCAUGAAAGAAAGGCUAGCGUAAGAGAGUUCUAUGGGGUGAUAUUUCCUUCUUUACUGCAACUUCAAAGAGGAAUCACUGAUGUAGAAGACAGAAAGCAAAAAGAAAUCUGUGCAAAGUACAAAAAGAAAGAUGAAAUGGACAAAGGAAAGAUCUCUGAAAUUGAUUUAGAGAGAGAAGAAGAAUGUGGCAUUUGCAUGGAGAUUAAUAGCAGGGUUGUAUUGCCCAAAUGCAAUCAUGCAAUGUGUUUGAAGUGCUAUCGGGAUUGGCGUGCUCGUUCUCAAUCAUGUCCUUUCUGCCGAGACAGUCUCAAGAGAGUCAACUCAGGUGAUCUUUGGAUCUACACCAGCAGAAAUGAGAUUAUCGACUUGUCUUCAAUCACUAGACAGAAUUUGAAGAGACUGUUCAUGUACAUUGACAGGUUGCCUCUCAUUGUUCCAGAUCCAGUGCUUGUUCCUUACGAGCCCUGUUACCGGUUUUAGGGUCUGGAGUUUGUACAAAAUUCUGGUUGGUUGUAUAUGAUUCUUGCUUCUCUCCUUCCAGGAGCACAUUUUAACGCUGUAAAUACCUUUUCAUUUUUAGCACGCUAUGAUUUACAAAUUUAUUCA